UUUCUAUUGUACAUUGUUACAUGAAAACUACAACUCCCGAAAGGCAACUUAAAAAACCGUUUACCUAUUGUAAACUGCUGUAUCUGGGAGACAGUUUGAAAGCAUAGGGGAACAGUCUAUCCUGUGUGACAGUCGGCACAGCCAUGAGCUGGGACACACAGCUGGACUCAAUACUGACUGCAACAGAACACAACAUGGCUAAAAUAAAGGAAAGACUAUACAGAAAAGGAGAACUGUCUAAAGAUCAGCACUUAGAUUUGCUAUAUGACAAUAUAAUGCCAUAUGAAGAAGCACCGUCUAAGCCGGAUGUGCCGCGCGCUUCCUCAGUAACCAGUAUGAGUCGUGUAGGCACUUCAGAAGACAUAGUGAGCAUCAGCAGUCAGCUGCUUUCACAGGCUAAGAUGAUCACGUCCCUUCAUCAGGCAAUUAGCAAGUUAGAGCGAGACCGUGACCAUCAGCAGCAAAGAAUACAAAGUUUAGAAGAUGAAGUGCGUCAGCUGAGAGCGCUGCAGGGAGACAAACAGGACUCUGCGCUGGAGAGGAAGGUGGAAGGACUUAGACACGAGCUGUCCAGCGAGCUCAGACAUCUGCAGGAGAGAGCGAGGGACUCCCCUGGGAGAGAGAUCAUCUCUGGUCAGCGCUCUACAGCCAGUAUCAUGCAGGAAGUGAAUGAAAGCAAACGCCUCCUUUGGAAAGAAUAUGAGAGCCUUAGAAGAGACACAGACUACCUGCAUCAGAGGCUGCGCCGACAGGAGGACGACGUACUGCGCCAGUUUGCUGAGUCACAAGAAGUGAAACAAGUACAGGGCAGGAACACAAAGAUGCUGGAGGGAUUACAGAGCAGUCAGCAGACGCAGACACUGGAGCUAAACAGGACAAAGUCUGAAACGCGUGAAAUACAGCGAGAUCUGCUGCAGAUACGAUCUGCAAUUGGAGACCUGAAGGAAGAGGUGAAAACUCUCGAGGAGAAAUUAUACACUUGUUCAGUGAAGAAUGAUAGAAAGGAAAGAGGGAAACCAUCAACGACGAGGAAGAAAGGCACCAAUCUUCUUCUCCUUCUUCGUCUGAGGAGGACACAGAUUCCCAGAUCAGCCUGGCCGACAUUAGCUCUGAGGAUACAUCUUACAGCCCUGAACGUCCCCACACACCUCCCAUGGUAUGUCCCUGUUCUAACUGUAAUGGUUGUGAUGGAGCUAAUGAUGGUGCCCCUUGCUACUGCACCUGUCGGCAGGUCCUGUAACUUCACCCCAGUUUCAUGUAAAGAAUUGUAA